AGAGUGGUGGGCGGGGCUUAAGGGAGCGGGCGUGGCUUAGAGCGGCGGGGGGCGUGUCCCUCCCGGCGCGUGCUCCGCGCCGCCGACGUCACAAUAGCGGCCGUUCGCGGCCCCGGCCCGGCCGCAGCCGCUCGGGGCUGGUUUGAGCUGGUGCGUUGCCAUAGCAACGCCGCCGGGCCUAUAUAUAGGGGCGCCGCGCCGCUGGCACCGCUUUGUCAGACGCGGCCGCGCCGCCGCCGUACCUCCGCUUCCUGCUGCUCCUCCUGCCCCCGCAGCAGGCCCGCCGGGGAGCCGGGCCCCGGCCCGAGGCCUGCCUGAGCAAUUCGUACCCAAGUCCUGUGUAAACCCAAAAAGUCAGAAAUCAUGACUAACUUCAGCAAUGAAGAAUUUGAAUUCACCUUCCUUGAUGAAGGCUUUACUGCCAAGGAUAUCCUUGACCAAAAAAUAAAUGAAGUGUCAUCUUCUGAUGAUAAAGAUGCCUUCUAUGUUGCUGACCUAGGGGAUAUUGUAAAGAAGCACAUGCGGUGGCAUAAAGCCCUUCCUCGAGUAACCCCCUUCUAUGCUGUCAAAUGUAACGACAGCAAAGCUGUAGUGAAGACUCUUGCUGCUCUUGGUGCAGGAUUUGAUUGUGCCAGUAAGACGGAAAUACAGCUGGUACAGAGCAUCGGUGUGCCUCCGGAGCGAAUAAUAUAUGCAAAUCCCUGCAAACAAAUAUCUCAGAUCAAACAUGCUGCUAGCAGUGGUGUACAGAUGAUGACGUUUGAUAGUGAAGUAGAACUAAUGAAAGUUGCAAGGGCCCAUCCAAAAGCCAAAUUAGUCUUGCGCAUCACAACUGAUGACUCCAAAGCAGUUUGUCGUCUGAGUGUCAAAUUUGGAGCUACGCUUAAGACAAGCAGGCUGCUUCUGGAGCGUGCAAGAGAACUGGACCUUGCCAUUGUUGGUGUUAGUUUCCAUGUUGGUAGUGGAUGUACAGACCCAGAGACAUUUGUUCAAGCCAUUUCUGAUGCCCGCUGUGUGUUCGAUAUGGGAGCUGAACUUGGCUUCAACAUGUAUCUGCUUGACAUCGGUGGUGGCUUCCCUGGCUCUGAAGAUGUCAAGCUUAAGUUUGAAGAGAUCACAAGUGUAAUCAACCCAGCACUGGAUAAAUACUUUCCUUUGGAUUCCGGAAUAAAAAUUAUUGCAGAGCCAGGAAGAUAUUAUGUUGCAUCAGCAUUCACACUGGCAGUCAAUAUCAUUGCCAAAAAAAUUGUGUUAAAGGAGCAAACAGGUUCUGAUGAUGAAGACGAUGUGAACGACAAAACGCUUAUGUACUAUGUGAAUGACGGAGUCUAUGGAUCGUUCAACUGCAUCUUGUAUGACCACGCACAUGUUAAACCAGUUCUGCAGAAGCGGCCUAAGCCAGACGACAACUGCUAUUCCUGCAGCAUAUGGGGACCAACAUGCGAUGGCCUCGAUCGUAUUGUUGAGCGCUUUAACAUGCCAGAGCUGCAAGUUGGUGACUGGAUCCUGUUUGAAAACAUGGGCGCCUAUACUGUUGCAGCAGCUUCUACUUUCAAUGGAUUCCAGAGGCCAACAAUACAUUAUGUGAUGUCAAGACCAGCAUGGCAACUAAUGCAGCAGAUUAAGGAGCAAGGGUUCCUAGCUGAAGUGGAGGAGCAGGAUGUUGCUAGUCUGCCACUCUCUUGUGCCUGGGAAAGCGGAAUCGAAUAUCCAGCGACUUGUGCUUCAGCUAGUAUUAAUGUAUAGAUAAUAUUUAGUAACUAACUGCAAGUUUAGUCAUUGAAUUUAGGGCAUUUGGGGGACCAUUAACUUAAUUCUUGCUAGAAUUUUUAAGUGUUUUUUUUUAAAGUUUAGGUUUGGCAUAAAUGCAACAAAAAUGACUAGGAGAUGGGUCACAUUUAUCUGUGUUCCUAUGGAAACUAUUUGAAUAUUGUUUUAUAUGGAUUUUUAUUCACUUUUCAUGUAUGCUACUAAAGACUGACCCUCAACUGUCAAACAAGUAUUUGUAGCUUGUGUAUGGCAGAAUGGGCUAAGCUUAGUGUUUUGUGACCUACCUGUUUUAAAAUAAAGUAUAUUGAAAUAA